AUGUCAAUGUACAAUAACGAUUCUCAACCACCUAGAAAAGGUCCUGGAAGACCUCGAAAGAUUUUUCAACCACCUCCAUCAUCAAAAUCUUCUAUUAAUAUUGAAGAUUCUUCACAGCCACGUAAAAGAUUAAGAAUAUCUUUUAAAAAUGAUAAAAUAAAUGAACCUUUAGAAGAAUUUCGUAAAGAACUAAUUUAUGAAAGAGUCGAUGAACUUUCAAAGUUAGUUGACAAACAUGAUCUUCUACUCAGAGAAUUAUAUUUUCAUGAAACAAAUAAAUCACUUGAAGAUUUUGAUCCUGAAAAAGUUAAACAUGAUAAUAGUAUACCUAUAGAAAAGUACUUAACAGAUCCUGAACUAUGGACUAAUGCAAAUGAUUUAAUCACUGACAUUAUUCAUGAAAAUUUUCCUGAAUUGUCUACUGAAAAAAAAAAUUCUCAUCAUCAAAGUACUUCACAUAAAUCUAAUAGCUCAAAACAUAAUGCAACAUUAUCAUCCAACCAUAAUCAUAGAGUAUCCAGAUCUAGUUCUAGCAGAAAUUAUGAUUCAAAUUCUUUUCCUCGCUUUGAUGAAUUUUUGAAUUCUUUUGUCACCUUAGAUGAUGAUAAAGAUGUGACCAUAUCAGAGGCUGAUUUAAGAGCCCAAAAAGAUGCUGACACUCUGUGGCUUAUAUUUCAAUUAGAAAGAGAGGGAAGAUCACUAAAGAUUCCUCCACCUCAUCCAGAAAUUCCACAUGUAACAUCAAAUUGGGAUAUGGUUUUAAGUAGUAUUGAAAAACGAUCAAAAAUGAUAAAGAAAUAUUCUAAUGAAAGGAAUCGUAUUACAAGAACAAUUAGUAAAGCAAUUAUUGAUUAUUUUAAUUAUUUGGCCAAUAAAGAUUUAAAAGAAAAUUUGAAGGAGGAAAAAAGAUUAAAGAAACUUGCUAAAACUGUAGCUAAUAUGGUUAAGAAAAAGUGGAUGCAAUGUGAAAAGGUUGUUAAAAAAAAACAAGAAGAAUUAUUACAAGAAGAGCAAGAUCGUGAAAGUAGGCGUCGUCUUAAUCGAUUGAUUGAACAUUCAGCUCAAAUACUUGAAGCACAACAAAAAGAAUUGUUAGGAGAAACUGUUAAACCUGAAAUACACACUUUAAAGGAUACCAUUGAUAAUGACAAUAUUGAGCAUCAAGAUCCAUUGUUAGAAAAUGAUCAUUAUAUGGAGAUAGAAAAAAUAGAGUCAAAUCACUGCAUAGAAAGUCAUGAUCAUGAAUCAGAUGAUUUAAAUGAUUCACCUACUGCUACUACUUCAAGCACAGUGAAUUUCAUUACUCCAAUACCAAAUCUUCUUAGAGGAGAACUUCGUGAUUAUCAACGUCAUGGUCUUGAUUGGCUUGUAAGCUUGUAUAAUAAUAAAUUGAAUGGUAUUCUUGCUGAUGAAAUGG